UGAAGCACAGCACAGAGGGAGUGGCUCAAAAACGGCUGGAGCAAGCUCUUUGGUGAGGGGGGGAGUAGAAAAUUCAAGAGAGUCUGCUUAAACCACAAACCAGAGAUAGAAGUGAAAGCUUCUGAGGAGACGGGAGAGUUGGGUAGAAGCCUUGAGAGAGAGAAGACCUGUGGAGGAAGGAGACAGGCUGAAAAAUUGAGUGGACUGGUAACUCUGAGGGGGCUGUUUGAUCAAGCCGUUUCCCCUGUGGCAACAUGGGAGCAGUUGUGGGCACUUUGACCAUGCAAACCAAACAGAGGAGACCAUCAAGAGAUAAUGCCGAUGAUGAGCUUGAGAUGACAACGGUGUGUCACAGGCCAGAGGGUCUUGAGCAAUUGGAAGCCCAAACUAACUUCACCAAGCAGGAGCUGCAGAUUCUCUAUCGUGGCUUCAAGAAUGAAUGCCCCAGCGGAGUCGUAAAUGAGGAGACUUUCAAGCACAUUUAUGCACAGUUUUUCCCUCAUGGAGGUAAAAAUUUGCUGUUUUCUGUUUUUUGUCCUGCUUUUAAUGUACUGGGGGCUUUAUGCAUUGACAUUGUUGUUGUUGCAGAUGCAAGCAUGUACGCACAUUAUCUUUUCAACGCUUUCGACACGACAAACAAUGGAUCCAUUAAGUUUAAGGAUUUUGUGAUGGGGCUAUCCAUUCUGCUGAGGGGAACCCUGAGGGAAAAGCUGGAGUGGACGUUUCAUCUUUACGACAUCAACAGAGAUGGAUACAUAAACAGGGAGGAAAUGACAGAGAUUGUAAGGGCCAUUUAUGACAUGAUGGGCAAGUACACCUAUCCAGCGCUAAAGGGAGACGUCCCACAGCAGCAUGUGGAUGCCUUUUUUCAGAAAAUGGAUAAGAACAAAGACGGAGUGGUGACCUUGGAGGAGUUUAUCUUGGCCUGUCAAGAGGAUGAAAACAUGAUGAGAUCCAUGCAGCUGUUUGAAAACGUCAUGUAGAACGAGUCGAAAUGAAGUUGAAAGAAACAAGGCAAAUCAGAGGGCUUUGUGUGAAUGUGUGUGUAUGUGGGUGCACAUGUGCAGCCCAAUCCUGCCUCUCCUACCGUUCCUGCUCCCACCAGCUGAGCUCUGGAUACAGCCAGAGCUUCCUGUGAUGACACUAAUGAAGGGACUGGAGUCAAAUAGCCUCAGCCUUCCCGCAGAGUUUGGCCACACAGAAAAGUGAUUAAUGUGACAGGGCUUGAGCUCUGUCACAAAGAUUGGUCUUUUAUAGAUGAAGAUGCUCCAACAUUUCAAGGAUGCCAACGACCUUUGAGGAAAAAAUGCCUUCCAGAGGUGGACCUAUUUUUUUGCUGUUGUUGUUUGGUAAUUUCCACCCACAUUUACCCGCAUGUGUUUAAAGGAACUUUUUUUACUUCCCUAGAUAUGGUAGAUGUCGCCUAGAAAUGUGGCCAUAAGGACAUCUGCGUGUAUUGACUCAUCUCUCCGGUGUUCAGAUGGAUUUAAAAUGUCAUUUGCAAGAUUUCCCGAUUCAGUGUUCCUUGUACAUUUCUGUUGACUUGGCUACUGCUCAGAUUCAGAAGUCUGUCUUAUGCUCGUUGUUAAUCUGUGUGCUACUUGUAUAACGGGGUUGAAAUAUCUGAAGGCUUUAUUUUAUAUAUAUAUAUAUAUAUAUAUAUAUAUAUAUAUAUAUAUAUAUAUAUAUAUAUAUAUAUAUAUAUAUAUCCUACAUGCUGAGUGUGUUGAUGUGCCUGUCUUUUAUAUUUCCAAAGACUUGUUAUCAAAAAUGUUACAUUUAUUUAUUUUAUAGUACAAUUAUGCAGUACUGUGAAAAGAAAUAAAUAUAUUUCCAGUGUUGAUAAAUGUUUAAGAGAUAUGUCGCAUAUUAGAGAAGGUAUUAUAUUUAAGGAUAGUUCAGAUGUUUUGAAUUGAAGUUGUAACAAAGGGUGAUACACUGGCAAUAUUUCAUCUGCUGUGAGAAUAAUCAUACAAUGCUAGAGCUAAAAGCUAGUCUUGUAGCAGCCUACUUCAGUUUUUUUUUUUUUAUCAUGUUUUUCACACAAAAAAAUGUCAUAAGUGGGAAAUUACCUUGAUGUGUAAAUAUUCAUGGUUAUCUAGAAAUACCCAACCAAUAGAAAUGUAGCUAAAGUAAAGAAGAUUUAGGAAAUAUCUUUCAGAUAAACAGAAUUGUUUGAGGCAGUCUAUUUCAGUCUCAUUCCCUCUUGCACUACCCAAUAACUUAAGCCACCAGAAUGAUCUAAUUGGAUUUAUUUACAAAAGUGUUUGAAAGAAACCUCAAAGGGCCUGAACUAUCCCUGUGAUAUCCUGGUUACAGAGGGAAGUGUUUGCUUUAUAGUGGCUAACUGGUUUUUACUCAGUCCAUGUAAUUAUCAACAUGUGAUGCUGACCUGACAAUAGUUUUACACCUAAAGUUCUGAGAGAACAUAGCAUCUUGUGUUUCCUUUAGUUUCUGUUAAUUUUGGUGUCUUUAAAGAUAAUAGAAAACUCACAGAGGUACAGUAUUUUUAAAUUAAUGAAAUAUAAACGCUUUCCUUUUGAAAUCAUUGAAGCAGCUGUUUAGUGUGUGCUUCAUUGGUGUGAAUUCUCAGUUCCCACUGUAUAGUACCAUUUAAUGACAAUGAGUUUCAAUAAAGAGGGUGAUUCAUUUAAAGCCAUAACAAUAAAUAUCAAAGUAAUUUGAA